AUGAUAGUUAUCAUUGCUACUGUUGUGGUCGUUUUUCUUAAUAAAUCAAAUAUUGGUGAUGAAGAUAAACAAGAAUUAUCUGCAUAUAAAACUAUUUCGGAAACAAUUCAAACAUUCGAACGAAAUUUAGCAUUUUUCAAUGAAUAUAUUACUAAUUUCUGUGUAAAUGCUGGUGAACGUGUUGCAAAAGGUGAAUUAGAAGAUGAACUUCCUGAUGAUACAAGAAAACUUUUAGAUGAUAAAGAUACAAUAAUGAAUGCUUGUCAAACAUCAGAUGAAGUUCAUCGAACAAAAAUUGAUCAACGUGAAGAUGAAAUGUUUUCAUGUAUAUCAAAUUGGUUAACAACAACGAUGGAUAAUAUUCAUGAAGAAGAAGAAUAUAAACGAAAUCGUAAACGUAUUAUUGAAAUAAGUCCUCUUAUUGAUUAUUUACGAGCAGACAUUGAAGACAUGUAA